CCCAGGGCCAGUCAGGGCCUUCCCUGGGCAUCACAAACAUCCUCAGGCGUCGUCGCUCAGCCGGAAACGUCAACACAAACCACACCACCCAGCCCGUCGUCGCGCCCCCUCCUCAAGGCCACCCCUCCACCAGCGCACCAGCACCACAGCCACCCAUGCUGCACCUGCCCCCCUCAGCAUCCGCGCCCCAUGCCCACCCAGCCCGCACCGCAUCUAGGACACCUCCCUCGGGCAGCCAUCGCAUCCGCCUCGUGCCCCACCUCGACUCCCGCCGCACCCUCCGCUUCGAUCCCAUCGCCCGCGAUCUCAAGGACGGUGACCCCCCUCUGCGCAUCGGCCGCUUCACAGAUCGCUCUGGCAUCGGCCUCGCUGCAGCCAACGCUCUCUCAUCCAACAAGCUCGCCUUCAAGAGCAAGGUCGUCUCGCGUGCUCACGCAGAGAUAUGGGCUUCCGACGGCGGCAAGUUUUUCAUCAAGGAUACCAAAUCUUCUUCCGGCACUUUCCUCAACCACCUCCGUCUCUCCCCUGCUGGCACCGAAUCACGCCCGCACCAGCUCAAAGACGGCGAUAUUCUACAACUUGGAGUUGACUAUCAAGGCGGAACGGAGGAUAUCUACAAAUCGGUCAAGAUAAGGAUUGAGCUUGGCAGGGAGUGGCAGCGCGGCGCUAACGCCUUCAACACAAAUGCCCUCACUCAGCUACGGUCUCUUGCGGUUGCCACCAACGCUGACCUGCCAGCGGCUUCCAAACGCCGCGCCCCAAAGACGAAUAUACCGGAUUGUUGCAUCUGUCUCUUCGCAGUCACCAUCCGUCAAGCCCUCUUCAUUGCCCCCUGUUCGCACGCCUUCCAUUACAAAUGCAUCCGCCCCCUCCUCGAGCAGCACGACGCCGCCUUCUCCUGCCCCCUCUGCCGCACUUUUGCCGACCUCGAAGAGGACGUGGAAGUGGAAAUAGAUGCCGACGAUGAUGAAGAUGAAGACGAAGACCUCGUGAACCCGCCCUCGUCGGCCCCACCCACCACAUCGUCGAUGCCCGGCAGGCCGUCGAGCAAGCACCUCCACGUGCCGGCAGCUAUCAAGGACGGCGCCGAGACGGAGGUCGAGCCAGACCAACCGCGCGUCUCACGCAGGCCCCAGAUAUCCCUGCAUACAGGCGCGGCGGGCGAGCUGGAUGAAGAAAUGCUUGAAGAUGACGACGACAUCCUCAGCCCAACUUCUGCAGUCGCCCUUCCGGGACCGGGCUUCGGGCUCGCGCCUCAGGUUGCCGGAGGGGAUUCGUCCGAGGGAGAAGGGAGUGGUCUGGGAGAGGGCCUGAUGGAGGGUGUCGAGGGCGAAACGACCGACAGUAACGCUUGUUUAUCCCCCGUCUUACCCUCGUGGGGCGGGUGUCGUUGAUGCAGUAGUCCCGUUUACAUCUCCCGCCAACGCUUUCGAUGGCGGCGACAUCUCGCAUUCCACUGUCUGGUCCCCGCCCUUCCCUGUUCAUGACUCUACGAUAUCCCCGUUUUACUAUCUCCACCGACACGC